AUGGCUUCCCCUUCCACCGACCUUCACUUCGUCUUGCUUCCACUGAUGGCUCAGGGUCAUAUGAUACCCAUGGUGGACAUCGCCAGGAUAUUAGCCCAAACCGGCGUAACUGUUACUAUAAUCACAACUCCUGUUAACGCAAACCGUUUUAAUUCAGUCAUUGAUCGGGCAAUCGAAGGUCAACUCAACAUCAAAAUUCUAGAAGUCCAAUUCCCAUUCGUUGAAUCCGGUUUGCCUGAAGGAUGCGAGAGUUUUGACUUAAUUCCAUCAGCUGCGUAUAUAGUCAACAUGUUCACAGCUAUGAAGAAGCUAGAAGAACCAGUGGAGAAGAUGCUUCAGGUUUUAUAUCCACCUCCAAGUUGCAUCAUCUCAGAUGGUGGUUUUCCUUGGUCUACUAAUCUUGCAAAGAGAUUAAAUAUCCCAAGACUAGUUUUCUAUGGACCUGGAUGCUUUGCUUUCUUGUGCAUUCACAUAGUGAACAAUACUAAUAUACUAAACGAAAUCGACUCCAACUCAGAGUACUUUGAAAUACCCGGGCUUCCUGAUCGGAUUGAAAUUACCAAACCUCAGGCUUCAGGUUGGGGAAAGGGAAACACAAAAGAAACCAAGGAGUCGUUUGAACAAACACAAGAAGCCGAGAAAGAUGCAUAUGGGAUUGUGGUUAAUAGCUUUGAGGAGUUGGAGCCAAAGUAUGUUGAAGAGUUUGCAAAGGCAAAAGGUAAAAAAGUGUGGUGUAUAGGCCCUGUCUCUCUAUGCAACAAAAGUUUCCAAGAUAUAGCCGAAAGAGGAGACAAAGGAGUUAAAAACGAGCAUGAUUGCAUGAAAUGGUUGGAUUUACAAGAGCCACAGUCUGUAGUGUACGUUUGCUUGGGAAGUCUAUCGUAUGCUACCAAAGAACAAGCCAUUGAGCUUGCUUUGGGAUUGGAGUUAUCAGGCAUACCCUUUAUUUGGUUCAUUAGGCAAACAAGUGAAGAGUUUGAGAAAUGGCUUUCAGAAGAACGAUAUGAAGAAAGGAUAAAAGAUAGAGGCUUAAUGGUUCGUGGUUGGGCACCUCAAAUCUUGAUAUUGUCACACCAAGCUAUUGGGGGUUUCAUAACACAUUGUGGUUGGAACUCGACUCUAGAAGGGAUUUGUGCUGGGAUUCCAAUGGUUACAUGGCCACAUUUCGCAGAGCAAUUUCUAAAUGAAAGGUUUAUCGUAGAUGUUGUAAAAAUUGGAGUCAAAAUUGGUGCAGAGUUUCCACUUAUGUAUAGAGAGAAAGAUAAGUUUGAAGUGGUAAAGCAGGAAGACAUCAAGACUGCUGUGGAAGUUUUGAUGAAUGAGCAAGAGGAAGGAGAAGCAAGAAGAAGGAGAGCUAGAGAGCUUGGGGAAAUGGCAAAGAAAGCAAUGGAGGAAGAGGGUUCUUCUUACUUUAACAUAAAGUUGAUGAUUCAAGCUAUUUCCGAAGAAGUAGCCAAGAACAAUAAACCAAUUCAAGAUAUUGUGUAG